ACUCAAGUAAAUUGACCUUCAAAGUCUGGUUCUUUUUGGAUCUCAUUAUCAACUCUCCAUUGGCCAUAUCUCAGUGGUCCUAGAUUAUAACUCCAAAAUCUAAUGUGAGUGUGACUGAGAAGAACCAAGAUGGGUAAUCUUUCAAGUCCCAACAGAAUAUUGGCGUUUCUCUUCCUCACAUUGGUCCAAAUCCAAAGCAAGGUGUUUUGCUACCAAUACAAAGUUGGAGAUCUUGAUGCUUGGGGCAUACCCACCUCAACAAAUCCACAAGUCUACAAAAAAUGGUCCACAUAUCACAAUCUCACAAUUGGAGAUUCCCUCCUGUUUCUAUACCCACCAAGCCAAGAUUCAGUGAUUCAAGUUACUGAAGAAUCCUACAACAGGUGCAACAUCAAAGACCCUAUCUUGUACAUGAACAAUGGAAACUCUUUGUUUAACAUUACAUCGAAGGGCCAAUUCUACUUCACUAGUGGUGUGGCUGGCCAUUGCCAAAAGAAUCAGAAGCUUCAUAUAGCUGUAGGUGAAGGAAUAUCAGAAAAUGUGGAUGCUGCAUCUUCUCCUGCAUCUGCACCCUCUUAUCCCACAGUAUUUGGCAAUAUUCCAGUAGCUGCUUCUACCUCAACCCCAACCUCAACCUCAUCUCAACUCACUUCAACUUUUCAACUUCUCAUCGUUGGAUUUCUGAUAUCUGCACUCUUUUCUACCCUAUGUGAUGCCAAAAUGCCUUUACCUUUACCAUUACAGGCUUAAAUCAACAGGUUUGAGUAUUAGCUACGUAACUAUGUUAAAUAUUUUUAGAGGGAGUUUUGUCAGUAAUCAUAUCAUCGGUGCCUCUAUGUGAAAAGAUGUCAGUGUCAAUGUCAAUGCUCAAUAAUUCAUCAUGUUGAUUUAUUUUUUGAGUUUACCCUUUUCAUAACAAGGGCCUACUUAUACGUUACAGCAUUAUUCUUUCACCACUGUGAUACUUUGUGAUGUUUCAAUCCUUCAUUUAUCAGAGAGGAAUUUGACAAA